AUCGAUAUUUAUUACAUACAUUAGAUAAUCUUUCUUAUUCUAUUGAACAUCUUUCAAUGAUUGGUACUGAAACAAUUCCAGUUGAUUCAUUGGAUAUUGAUAAUAAUCAACGUAUCAAUCAAUCUGAUCAUUAUGCUUUACAAUUAAUUAUUAGUUUUCGAACAAGAUCAAUAAGUCAUCGUUCAGCACUUGUUAUUUUACCAACAAUAAAUCAAUGGUCAAUAAUUGAUUCAUAUCGUGAACAAUAUGAUCCAUCUUUUAAUCGAUGGCCACCACAUAUUAAUUUAUUAUGGCCAUUUUUUGAUAUAACUGAUUGUCAAGAUGAUCAAGAAAAUAUUCUUUUACCAUUAAGACUUUUAUUAAGUCAAUAUUCAUCAUUUUCUGUUGAAAUCAAUGAAAUUGAUUCAUUUAUUGAAAAUCAUAUUAGUUUUAUGAAACUAAAUGAACAAUCAACAAAAUAUGUUAAACAAUUACAUGAACAACUUAAAAAAUUAUUCCCACAAUGCUCGAAAAAUAAUCGAUAUAGUUAUAAUCCGUCGAUGAUAAUUGCACAAUUUGAUAAUCAAGAAAAACGAAAUGAAGCAAAAUCAUCAUUGGUUUUAAACGAAUCAUUUGAAUUUCCUGUCGAAUAUAUUUAUAUUUUACAACGAUCACAUGUCAAUGAUACAACACCUUUUCAUAUUACUUAUCAAUUACCAUUAGGUCCUAUACUUCAACCAAUAAAUUCUAAACAAUUAAAUUGUGUUGAUAUUAAAUUACAACAAUUUUUUCAAACAAUGAAUCUUUAUGAAACAAGUGAAUCAUACAAACGAAAACAAGACAAAUUCGAUAAACUUUCAUCUUGUUUUGAACAAAUGUUUAAUCAAGAUACAUUAUAUUGUUUUACUCAUUCAUUUCUACCAUAUGGAAGUUUUCGUAUUGGUAUCAAUGGAGAAGAUCUUGAUACAGUAUUUGUUUUACAUGAACUUAAAUCAAGAAAUAAUGAAACAAGUUUUGAUGAAACAUUUCAUCAACUAAAACAUGAUUCAACUACAUUAACUAAUCAUAUAGUUAAUUUACUUAUAACACAAAUAGAAGGAAAUUUAAAAAAUGAAAUAGUUUAUUAUCGAAAAAUUGAAGCAUUAUUUCCAAUAAUAUCAAUUUUAUUUAAUGAUCAAACAAAAGUAGAAAUAUUUGUACAAAUUGAAAUAAAUAAAGAACAAUCUUUAAAUGAUUCAAAUUCUCAAGAAUCUAUACAUGGGAUACAUGAUAUUGAACGUCUGUUGAUAUAUGUUCGUUGUCCACCUAUCUUUCAACAUCUUCUAACAUUUAUUCGUACUUGGGCUCAACAUGUUGGUCUUUAUGGACAAGUAUAUGGUUAUUUAGGUGGUUACUCUUGGGCUAUUUUAUGUGCAUAUAUUUGUCAUACAUAUUUAUCACCAAUCAAAUCUCUUUCAUCAAUUGAACAUUUUUCUAUUGAUGAAUUCUUUUCAUUAGUUCAACAAUUCUUUACAACUUUUGCAAAAUUUAAUUGGUCAUCACAACCAUUUCGUCUUUAUUCAAAAUCUUAUAAACAAAAAACUCUUUCAGAAAAAUUAUCAGUACAUAAUCGUGGUGCAAUGCGUAUUAUAUCACCAAGUCCACCAUAUAAUAAUACAGGACGUUCAACAAUAAAUUCUACACGUGAUUUUAUUAUUCAAGGUUUUCAACGUGUAUUACAAUUAUUUGAUACAAUAAAUACAAUUACUUUGGAAGAUAAAAUUAAUGCACUUAAACAAAUUCUUGAAUUAAAUAAUGAUUUUCCAAAUGAAAAAACAAAAUCACUUGUUCAAUUAACACUUACAAGUGUAAAUAGUUCGGAACUUGAUGAAUGGAUUGGUUGGAUGAAAUCACGUUUAGCACAUUUCAUUAAUGAUUGUGAAGAAGAAUGUCAUUUAGUUAUUCAAACACAAAAUUCAAUUGAAUAUCGAUUAAAUAAUACAGAAGCAUUAUAUUCUAUUGCUUUUCAACUUGAUCCACAAACAUUAAUUCAACAUCG